UACACUCCACCACCGCCACCACCACCACCACCCGAUCUUUCCCACGGCAGCAGCUGCACAAACUAACCACUCAUCUCCGCCGCUGCCGUCCACUAUUUCCGACGACUAACACAAUGUCUCGAAAAUCAACACUUAGUUUCAUCGUUAUUAUCGAUCUUCUUCUUCUUUGCUUACUUUCAGUAGCAGCAGCAGCAGCAGCAGCAAGAGCUGAUGAAGAUACAAUUAGUGCCUUUAAUUUUAACAAUGAAGACAAAGACGACGUCGUUUCAACCCUCAAUCUAACUACUACUAGUACUACAUCUUCAAAUAGAUCCAAAGAAGAUAGCUUCGCUGGAAUGCUUGAUCGUGCUCUCGAAAAAGAAUUCCCCGAAAAUGACGAACAAUCCGACGGUGCUGAUGAUCCUGGGAGCUUCAAUAAUAGUGUUGCAGGACAACAGGCAGUUCUGGAAACUGUUGCUAGAGUCAAGUCGAAGAGAAAUGAAACCAAAGAGGAGAAGUCAUUUCAACUUCAUGAUGUUUUUAACCUGGAUAAUGAGAACCGUCCUGAAGAUACGCCAAGGCUCAUAGAUAGCAAGGAUAAUGUCUUUAUCAUGUCCAAUCCCAAGUCUAAGUAUCCGGUGCUACAGUUAGACCUAAGAUUGAUAUCUGAUUUGGUGGUUGUCAUUGUUUCUGCAACUUGCGGUGGCAUAGCAUUUGCUUGUGCUGGGCAGCCGGUUAUUACAGGAUAUUUGCUAGCAGGAUCUUUGAUUGGACCUGGUGGACUUAGCUUUGUUAGUGAACUGGUUCAGGUUGAAACUUUUGCUCAGUUUGGCGUCAUUUUUCUUCUUUUUGCGUUGGGGUUGGAGUUCUCAGCAGCAAAGCUUCGUGUUGUCAGAGCUGUUGCUAUCUUAGGAGGUCUCCUCCAGAUAUUUCUUUUUAUGUGCUUGUCUGGAGUAAUUGCCGUGUUAUGUGGUGGUGAAGCUUCUGAAGGUGUAUUUGUUGGUGCCUUCCUUUCCAUGUCAUCAACUGCAGUGGUUCUGAAGUUUUUGAUGGAGAAAAAUACUCUUAGCACUCUUUAUGGGCAAGUAACUGUUGGUACCCUUAUAUUACAGGAUUGUGCGGUGGGUUUAUUAUUUGCAUUGCUUCCAAUCCUGGGUGGUACAUCUGGGAUUUUUGAAGGAAUGUUAUCUAUGACUAAGACGUUGGUGACUUUAGUUACGUUCUUGGCUGUUUUGUCUGUAUUCUCCCGCACUUGUAUACCAUGGUUUUUUAAUCUUAUGAUAAGCCUAUCAUCCCAGACCAAUGAACUUUAUCAAUUGGCAUCCGUGGCUUUUUGCUUGAUAGUUGCAUCGUGUAGUGACAAGUUGGGUCUAAGUCUUGAACUGGGUAGCUUUGCUGCUGGAGUGAUGAUUUCAACUACUGAUCUUGCUCAGCAUACUCUUGAACAAGUUGAACCCAUUCGCAAUUUCUUUGCUGCUCUUUUCCUUGCCAGCAUUGGGAUGCUAAUUCAUGUUCAGUUUCUGUGGAACCACAUUGACAUCUUACUAGCAGCUGUUAUACUGGUGGUUGUAAUAAAGACAUUUAUUGUUGCCACUGUAGUCAAAGGAUUUAGAUACAAUAACAAGACCGCUCUUCUUGUCGGAAUGUCCCUUGCUCAGAUCGGCGAGUUUGCUUUUGUCCUUCUUAGCCGUGCCUCUAAUCUUCAUCUAAUAGAGGGAAAGUUGUAUUUGCUGCUUCUUGGCACAACGGCUCUAAGUCUGGUGACGACACCAUUUCUUUUUAAACUGAUCCCUGCUGUUGUACAUCUUGGAGUAUUAUUGCGUUGGUUCACUCCAGAUAUCCCCACGGAGAUGCUAUUUAAAGGAGAGCUGAUGCGUUCAGACACUGCCAGACGGAUUAGUUUAAUGGCUGUACCCGAUCAACAUCUGAUACUUCUUGGGAAAGGUGCAGAAAGAGUUGACUUGAGCUUAAAGUCAAUCCCGAAGGAACGAGUUUGAUACCCCAUGCCCUACCGAGUAAGAAAGGUAGCCUUAUACGUCUCACACACUAAUUGAGACUGCAUCACUAUGUACAUAUAUAGAUAUACCCCUCAGUUUUUUCUGAUUUGAGUUUGUUACUUGGUAGAAAUUAUUGGUUUUGUAAGUAGUUUGAAUGGUUUCUUCUUAUGUUGUGCAACACUGAGGACUCUAACGAGUCUAACUACGAUACGUAGAUUUUGAAUUUGGUCCAUUUCAGUUGUGGUUAAUGAUGAUGGUUUAGAAA